UUAUUUUUGGUAGCCUAGAAAUGUCUAUGCGGUAAAUAAUUGUGCACAAAUUUACGCAACAAAUAUAAGUAGGCGAGUGGAGUUGUGUUUUUAAUAAUUAUCAUUUUAAGCAAAUGGCCACAGCAACAAAAUUAGGCAAAGGCCUGCAAAAACUAUUCGUGGGAAAUCUACCGUGGACGGUGGGUCAUCAGGAAUUGCGUUCAUAUUUCAAGGCAUUCGGUCGUGUAAUAUCCGCCAACGUGAUUUUCGAUAAGAAAACAGGCUGUUCACGUGGAUACGGUUUCGUUGUGUUCAAUGAUAUCACACCAAUAGAGAAAAUUGAAAGUGAACAAAAACACGUGCUUGAGGGCAAUUAUUUAAACAUUCAAAAAUCUUAAAAUAUAAAUCUCAAUUUAAAGCAUUAUACAUACUGUAUGUAGUAUACGGAUCCCGAAGUCUUAAAAGAAUAAACACAGGAUAAAAAACUA